UGCCAAAAUAGACGUAGGGGGUCGCCCUAAAAAAACGAAACAAAAAACGAAAAUCAUAUAUUUUUGUAAAAAUCGUUCUCGUUUUCCUUUGCAAACUUUCGCUGAAAAUCUCAAGCUCCUUUUAGAAGAGUAUAUGUACAUAUGAAGAGCAAUCGCGAAAAGGGCUGCCGCAUUCUCUUCGAGCGCCAGGAACGCAUCUCGAUAGAGAAGGGCCAGCGCAUCUCUAUUAAAAACACCAAAACCGAGGUGAGUGAGCUCUUUCGUCGCACAGCGGGUAAUUUAGAAGCGGAGGGUGCAUCGGCCAUCAGCAACAAGGAAUUGCGGGCCCGGCAGAAGGUGUGCGAGCUGAACCAGCGGAUCAAUCGUGAAAUAGACCAGCUGAAGCUCUUACGCCAUAAUAUUCUACCAAAACCCGUCAAGUCCGAAGCUUCAGAGUCAAAUAUGGAGCUGCACGAUAAUAAAGCCGCCGCGCGACAGACGGCUGAAAACCAAUCCAGUGUCACUCAUGACCGACACCCAAGCGACACAGAAUUUUCCCAAGAAGACAUAGAUUUCAUGAGCUUUCGCACAGUGGGCCUGAAAAAAAACAACAGGCGGGCUGAAGGUGGCUGCAAUUACAUUCCCCGGCAAAAGGACAAGACUUACGACCAGUAUACACAGUCCGUGUAUCAGUGUGAUUACGGAAACCCCUCAAGAUGCAUCACCUGUUUUCCCGUUGCACAGCGACAGUUUCAAGAUAAUAACAACUGCGUAUGCUGCACGCUGCGGCCAAGUGUUCCCAUACCCGUAUUGGCCGAUCCGUGCUGUCAGUAUCAGCCAAGCUGGGCGUGUGUCACUUCAUGUCCGCGAACGGCGACCGACCUUCACACUGAGGACUUUUGUCGCAAUUGGUGUGCCUGCAUCAUGCCCGAUAGUACCCUGAGAAGCAAACAGAAGAGCCCCCGUGCUCCGGAGGAGCGAAGUGGGUCGAAGAGCCGUAGCUCCUCAAAAGCGAGCAAAUUGCUAGAUGAAAAUAUGCGCAGGAAGGUGAAGAAGAGCGGAGUCAAAAUCGACUCGGCCUCGUUGGACCAGUACAAGGUCCAGAGUCACGAGAAGCUUCUUAAGGUCACCAUGAAGAAGGAAAUCAAGUCCCCACGACAGCGGGGGUCAAAGCCCCAGGCAGGAGAAGAAAAAUCAAAAACAGGAGAGGGCAAGCAAACGGAUGAGGGCGAGGAUAGCAUGCAUCGCGAAAUCAAGUCCCCACGACAGCGGGGGUCAAAGCCCCAGGCAGGAGAAGAAAAAUCAAAAACAGGAGAGGGCAAGCAAACGGAUGAGGGCGAGGAUAGCAUGCAUCGCGACUACGUGGACAAGUACAAGAAGGAAAAUGGCCACGCUGAAAAUGAUGUGGCAGCAGCAAGCCGGGCACAGGAUCACGCCCAGGAUGAUGGAUCUGGAGAAGCGGUAGUCCACUUAGGAGGGACUGAAAAAACCGCGGACGAUGAGUAUGCCGAUGAUUGCGGUCCUGACUAUUGCAACACGGAUCCAAUUUGCACCACUAAAAAAAGAGUCGGCAAGGGCAGAGCAGUGUGCCUCACCAAAAAAUGCGCUUGCUCUGCACGGGAAUUCCAGACUGAUCAAGAAUACACAGACCAACGCAAGGCACAGGAUUUGGCCCAGGUUGAUGAAAGUGACCCGAGAUCUGGACAAAAGGGAGUCCGUCCAGAUGGAAAUGGAAAACCCGGGGAAUCAGCAAAUGACGAGAAAGGGGACGAUAGGUAUGCCGAUCGCUACGGUCCUGGCCAUCGUGAAAGGGAUCCAAUUUCCAGCCCUGACAAAGGAGUUGAGAAAAGCAUGGCCGUGUGCCACCAAUGCGCUUGCGUUGCCCGGGAAGCCCAAACUGAUGAUGAAUCAAUCAAGAAAGAGGCGAGGUUGACUCAAACGGAUCUGCAGUUGAAAGAGGAGAGACCCACCCAAACUGACUUUCAGGGGAGUCUACACGAGAGACCUACCCAGACCGACAUGGACGGCAGUCGCCACGAGAGACUUACCCAAACCGAUCUCCAGGGGAGUCAAUACAAAGGACUCGCCCAAACGGAGCCAGAACUCAGCCAUCAAAUUAACACCGCUGUGUCGCCUCUAUCGGGGGCGACUGUCAAAGAAUCGAAACAUGAUUUCGAAGAUGAUAUCCAAACUGCAUCUCAGAAAGAGAAUCCCUCAGCAGACCAGAAGCAAAUUCAAGGUCAGUAUUCGCCACCAAUUUCAUCAAGGAGAAGUUAUAGUCCCCAGUCCCCUUCUUCCCGAAAAUAUGAGAAAUUUAUUAGUCGAGGAUCCCUAACAGAAGAAGCUAAACCAGAUGCGGACACAAAAUGCAGUAGCAAUUGUGCCCGCUAUCGGGUCGGCCAGUGCCCCUGUAAGCCAGUGUCCCCCGGUCCCAGACAACGACCGAACGCCUACAAGGAGGAACAGUGUCUAAUCGACGACGGAGACAGUCCAGUUGGCGCAGCGGGUCGCUUAGAAAAGUCUUCGCCAUUCUGUGCUCCGUUGACUUCGGCGGAUAAGUGUGAUACGCAUCCAGUGGGAUGUAACUGUGACGUUAACCGAAAUGUCGAUAAGUCAACCCCUUCUGGCUCUACAGAGCAUACAGACCGAUCUAUGGCUUCGUCACCCGUGAAGUCCCAAAAGACAGUCCCCGCCAAUAUCGACCAGCAUCAACCCUACGAGUCGACGUAUCAGCAAAGCUACGGCCGCUCUGCGGAUCCAGGAAAUGGACAACGGGAUGUAGACAUCACCAGUUAUGACGAGGAUAAUGGACCGUCCACGGAGCGCAGCCCUGAGCACCCAAUUUUUCUAGACCACAGUCAGACACAAUUAGCCUGUGCCACUGAUUGCACCGGGCGUAAACUCUCCGGACGUAAUCUCUCCUAUGACAGCUACCAGGAACCACAGCCAACGUCAUGGCGUCUUGAGUAUGAUCAGUACUCAGAUGGCAGAGAAAUUAAUCCGGCCAAGCAAUCACUAGUUCCAAGACUGCCAGGACUGAGCCAGUUCGCUGCCAGCUUCCCCUGUGCCACAUACAACAAUGAUGAGUGCAAGAAUGGGCUGCCGAUUAUGGUCUGCGAGAAGCGGACACGCUCUGUCACCUUCGAGGAUAAGAGCGGUAAAGUGCGGAGGAUGCGCAAUAUUGUUGAGCACUGUCGAAGAAGCAUUGACUGGCAGCAGGUCUUGAAGCAUCGUAUAGUCGAGCGGGAUGGGGAUCGGGAUGGUGACAACACCAGUCAGUCGGAAGCUGCCUUUGGAGGAAACAGUUCCACAGACGAGGACGACUGCACCUACACUUGCCGAUCCAGCAGCUCUGCCGGCACCGAGAUGACCUGCGUAGAGUCAAACUAUGAUCUUCACGAGGACACCAGCAACUACGAACAUGACUCCAGAUCGCAGCCAAACUAUGGCAGUAUUCCGCAAUUUAAUCACUGUCCCUGCAUGCUCAGAACCUACGUCAGCCUGGCCUCCAUCUGCACGACCAACAGCACAUCCUUUCAGUAUGAAGGAGGAGCCGAGGCGUCAGCACAAAUUUGAAUUACGUUUUUACAAUUUUUAUUAUACAUCUUCGAGAGCCUCUAAGAAAAUUAAAUUUGAGUUGAAAUGAAA